GGGAAGAGGAACGGCUACACAUUCACGUCACUGUCGUAAAAAACAACACCGGAGCAGCGCGUUGCCGCCUCGCUUGACGGCAGUUCGUGAUUUAAAAACUCGACAUGGCUUCCUCAUUGAUUUGCAGCGAAACUCAGAGCAGGGUGAGUUCAGUGCUGAACAGAGACGUGAAGCAGUAUGGAAAGAAGUACAUGUUUGACUGCAACGAAGAGACAUGCUGGAACUCAGACCAGGGUGAAUGUCAGUGGGUGUCUCUGGAGUUCCCUGAGUCUGUCAAGGUUUCAGAGUUAAAGGUCCAGUUCCAAGGAGGCUUCUCAGCAAAAACAUGUAGACUAGAAGGUUGCCCAAAAGAGGGAGACCUGACAGUCAUCAGCCAUUUUUAUCCAGAAGACAACAACUCUCUCCAGAGCUUUCCCAUACAGGAGGCCCCUACAGUGGACAAAGUAAAAAUAAUGUUUGAGAAUAGUGCUGACUUUUUUGGGAGAAUUAUUGUUUAUUCCUUGGAUGUCCUGGGGGAAAAGGCUUCCUGACCAUUUUUUUAAAAUCCUCUCAUGAGAGAGGAAAUGGCCCCUGAGUAAAGUGCGGGAUGCAGGAUGGUGUGGUGGCACUUGGGAAACAUGUCAUCUGUUCUGCCACCUCAUGAACUGAUGUGAAUGUGGCCUUUUUUGGUAUGAAAGCUUUCAGGGAUGUGUCUAGCUAUCUCACCCUUGAUUACUCAAACACAGAAGGCUUGGCAUGGAGUCUGAAUCUGAGUUUUAAAUGCAGAUUGUUGUGAUCAUAUAUCAUUUUGUUAUCACGCUCUCUAUACUUAUAUUGUGCCUUUUACGUUGAAGCAUCAUUCCAGUGGAACACACAGUAUAAAAAUACAUUUUUAUUAAAACUUGUUUACAGACCUUUUUCUGCUGCUCUUCAGCCAAACAAAAUAAUUCUGCUGCACAACCAUCACAUUUGAGUCCUUGUUUGUACAGUGUUUGUACAUUGUAAUGCAUACAAAUGGAAUAAACUGUUCAAAAAAUAAAAA